GUUGUUGGUCAAGUUUCCAGAGCUGAACUAUCAGCUGAAAAUUAAAGUCUGCAUUGACAAGGACUCUGGGGAUGUUGCAGCACUUCGGGGGUCCCGGAAGUUUAACAUCCUGGGGACAAACACCAAGGUCAUGAACAUGGAGGAGUCGAACAACGGCAGCCUCUCGGCAGAGUUCAAGCACCUGACCCUGCGGGAGCAGCGGUGCGGUAACGGAGGCAGAGCCAACUGCGAUGCCUCGCUGAUAGUCACCGAGGAGCUGCACCUCAUCACCUUCGAGACAGAGGUGUAUCACCAGGGGCUGAAGAUCGACCUGGAGACCCACUCGCUGCCCGUGGUGGUCAUCUCCAACAUCUGCCAGAUGCCCAACGCCUGGGCGUCCAUCCUGUGGUACAACAUGCUGACCAACAACCCCAAGAACGUGAACUUCUUCACCAAGCCCCCCAUCGGGACCUGGGACCAGGUAGCAGAGGUGCUGAGCUGGCAGUUCUCCUCCACCACGAAACGCGGCCUCAGCAUCGAGCAGCUGACAACGCUGGCAGAGAAACUCCUAGGGCCAGGUGUGAACUACUCCGGCUGUCAGAUCACCUGGGCCAAGUUCUGCAAGGAGAACAUGGCUGGCAAAGGCUUCUCUUUCUGGGUCUGGCUGGACAACAUCAUUGACUUGGUGAAAAAGUACAUCCUGGCGCUGUGGAACGAAGGGUGAGCCUCGGCCAGCGUCGCUCCAGAGACCCUUGGUUGGGCUGGGCCUUGGUUGGGGUCCCACGAGUCCUGUGCUGAUGGAGGCGGCAUCACCUUCACGUGGGUGGAGAAGGACAUCAGCGGGAAGACCCAGAUCCAGUCUGUGGAGCCUUACACCAAGCAGCAGCUGAACAACAUGUCGUUCGCGGAGAUCAUCAUGGGCUACAAAAUCAUGGAUGCCACCAACAUCCUGGUGUCCCCCCUGGUGUACCUGUACCCGGACAUCCCCAAGGAGGAGGCGUUUGGGAAGUACUGCCGCUCUGAGAGCCAGGAGCACUCUGAAGCUACUGACUCAG